AUGUCCUUCUACGAGAAAGCGGGCACAUCAGCGGCCGGACAGAGUCAUCGUCGAACAUGGAACACGUACGAGUACUCGUUGAAGGCCUCGGAAAGGGCCGCCCUCGAGAAAGAAGCCGAAGAGGGCACCAAGCCGAAGACGGCCCGCGAGUUGCUGCAGGCUCGCGACUACAGGGUAGACCUCGAGUCGAAGGUGGGCAAAAGUGUGGUGAUCAACACGACGGCCCCAAACUGCGAUGCCGGCGGCUACUAUUGUAACGUGUGCGACUGUGUGAUCAAGGAUUCGAUCAACUUUCUGGACCACAUCAACGGCAAGAACCACCAGAAGAAUAUGGGGAUGAGCAUGAAGGUGAAGCGGAGUACACUCGACGAUGUCAAGGCACGAUUCGCCUUCAAGAAGAAAGAGCAAGUGAGCCAGAAGCGCGAGGAGCAGAUCAAGGAGGCGCUGGAAGAGAUUCAAGAAGAAGAGGCCCGAAUGGUCGACUACAAGCAGGGAAAGCGGAAGGAGCGCAAGCGAAAAGCCGACCCAGAAGAUGAGGACGAUGGGCCAUCAGCGGGCCCGGGCGGUCUCGACCCCGAAAUGGCCGAAAUGAUGGGAUUCGGCGGUUUCGGCUCGUCCAAGAAGAAA